AUGACCAAUUGCCGGAGUUAUUUCCCUGCAGUUUUCCUGCAUGGUUUCUUCUACGCCCUUGGGGGCAGCUCCAAUGAGGUCUAUUGCCUGGAUUCUGUGGAGUGCUAUGAACCUCAGAGCAACACAUGGAGGCCUUGCGCACCCUUGCCUACCCCAGUCUGUGGCCAUGCAGCUUGUGUCCUGGACGGAGGGAUCUAUAUUACGGGAGGCAGCGACGGCUCGUGCCGCUGUCAAUCCUCCAUGAUUCGGUAUCGUCCGGAUGGCCCACCUCUCCUCCUGGCCUCCAUGCAGGAAGAGCGUGCCGGGCACAUCAUGGAGGUGCUGGAGGGGCGGAUCUACGUGGCCGGAGGUCUGCGAUGGCGGGAUGGGCAUGGGGGCUAUGCUGACCAACUGGCCUGCGAGGUGUACAGUCCUGAUCAGGACGCGUGGGUCACCUUGUGUCCUCUUCCCCAACCUCAUGUCAUCGCUGCCUCUGCCGUCCUGAACGGAGAGCUGUAUGUCCUAGGAGGGUACAGCCACAACACCUAUCGAGAUACGCAUCUCAUUCACUGUUACAACCCUUCUCACGACCGUUGGGUCAACCUGGGCACGAUGCCCCAGGCUUACGCGGAUCUAAAGGCCUGCAUCUUAGAAGUGCCCUCCUCUUACAGACAAGGUGAACCAUCAAUCCCAGAUGCCUCCGAUUCAGAGGUCCCUCCUGAUGCUUCUUCGCUGGAUGUGCCCUACCAAAAUUCUGGAUCCAGCUGUUGA